AUGGAUUUAAAACGAAAAAUCAGUGCUGAAUCGGAAAAUGAUGGGAAUCCGGAGAAAAAGCUGAAAAUGCUGGAAAAUGUCAUUGCCUCUUUUGGUUGUCGACAAGGAGAACGCGAAGAAAUGCAAGAUUAUCAUGUUUUGACCAGGAAAUUCGACCUGGGAAAGGGAUUUUUGUGAGUUUUUUGAUUUUUAGAUGUAUUAGGGUGGUGUGCGAUGGAGCGCAGUUUGAUUUUCAUGAAAAUUUUGAAGGGUUUUCGGCGAUUUUCAUGAAAAUUGACUGAAAACAUGAAAAUCUUGAUGGAAAUCAUGCAAAUUCGCUCUAUUGACAAUUUUGGGCGGCCCAGAUCAUUAAUGGGGCAGAUUUGCAUCAUUUAAACCUGCAAAUUCGCUCUAUUGAUAAACCAGACCGCCCAAGAUUAUCAAAAGAGCAAAUUUGCAUAAAAAUCUCCAAUUUCCACCAAAAAUGUGCAUUUUUGCAGGCACCGUUGCUCAUUUUUCGCCAUUUUCGAUGGUCACGCUGGUUCGCGAGCCGCCCGAUUUUGUCAGCAAAAAAUGGAGCACGAAAUUAGGCAAAAAUUAGAAAAGUGUAGGUAAGUGGGGCUUUGCCACGUGGCAAACAAGUUUCCUAACUGAAAUUAACGGAUUUUCAGAUGA